AGCCACAUCAGGGGGCCCGGGUGGAGGUUUGGGUCGCUCCUACUCAGAAACCCCAGAUUCCCAAAUUCCUCCUCGACCUCCAUCCCGUGGAAUCCAACCAACGCGGGGAGGCACCCAGCACGCCGGCGGCGAUGAUCCAGCUCCUGUUCGUGGUGCUCGUCGCCGAGGCGGCCGUGGCGACGGUGCUGCUAUUCAAGACGCCGCUGCGGAAGCUCGCCAUGCUGGGCCUCGACCGCCUCAAGCGCGGCCGCCGGGCGCCCGUCGCCGUCAAGACCGUUGCCGGCGUCGUCAUCACGCUCCUCGCCUCCACGCUCUACAGCAUGGCCGAGAUCAGCGGCCGCGCCGGGGACCCCGAGGCCGGAGGCGGCGCCGCCCUCUCUCCCACCGACCAGGUCCUCUUCUCGCGCCACCUCCUCGAGGCGUCCCUCAUGGGUUACACUUUGUUUCUUGCUCUAGUUAUUGACCGACUCCACCAAUAUAUCAGAGAACUACGUGGGCUAAAGAAGAAUGUCGAGGCUGUAUCGAAGCAGAACAAAACGUUAGAGGAAGGAAAACAUGGAAGAUCUCAGGAGAUAGCGAAAUACCAGGAAGAGGUUGCCACUCUGAACGAGGAGAUGAAGAAACUGAAGCUGCAAGUACAAGAGAAGACCGAGGAGGUCCAUGUUGCUGAGGACAAGGCACUUGCUAUUCAAAAGCAAUCUGAAAGCUUGCUGCUUGAAUAUGACCGGCUCCUGGAGGAUAACCAACAUCUCCGGGAGCAGCUGCAGUCAAUUGAUCUCAGGCUCUCCAAUCCUUCCUGAGAGAAGAAUGUAUUGAAGUAGAACAUUAUCCUAUCGUCAACCUACUUCGUGCUUGAAAUUGUCUGUUUCACUUUUGGUGCGAAGUCGAGUUUACUCUUUCCGUAGGAUGUUAUUACCCAGAUGACAUGCUAAUUUAGUAAUGCCUCUCUUAUCGGUUUUAUUGUAUUACCUAACAAUAUGUUGAAACAUGUAUGCUAGUAUGCUAGUACGCAGUUAAAUUUGUGAACCACUGUUACAGUGGUGCACUGUUCUAA